AUGAGCAAGGGUGCCCGUAUUUCACUGGUUCUGGAUUGUUUGACCCAUACUGGGGAUUCUAUGAUUGGGACUACAGUUCCUGAUUGCAGGCAGAUCAGGGUGCUUGGUGCUAUCAACCCCCAAAUCAAAGGCUGUCGGAGGGUCACAGUGUUCGAUGCUGUUCUGGCCAACCCUGGCAAGAUCCUGGAUGUCCACUUAGAUGAGCAGUCCGCUGUCAUUGCCCAUGGACUUAGCCCUGCUGAAGAUGUGUUUCGGUGUGUUGAGUUGUGCUCGGAGAUUGCGUGCUCCAGUUCGGGUCUUCUCCAUGCCGGUUUCAGACAUGUGUGUAGUGUUGAGUGGCGUGCCCCUUUUGUGGACUUACAUCGUGUCUCCAAACCUGGGAUUCCGGUGGUUCAGGGUGAUAUCAGUGAUCCUUCCUGUCUCAAAGAGGAUAACUGGUGUGCCAGGCGUCACAGGUGGUGGUUUGUUGCUGUUCACCCGGCUUUCGGACCUAUCUCCAUUCCUGAUUGGCCAAAGAAUCCAAGUUUGACCAUCCGAGAUGUCAUGCCUUUCAUCAAGUCGUGGCCAAUUGAAGAUCUGGAGCAACUCAGAUUGUCCCCACAUGAAGCAGCUCGGUUUACGAUGGAUGGCUCCUCGCUGCGGAAGUACAUGGUGCAAACAGAGGGCAAGUUGCCGACCAGUCUUCACUCGUGUGGGAGCCAGGCUGGGGAGUGUCCUUGUGGUUGCCGUAGAGCAUUCAGUGAUCAGUUGCUCCGACAGAGAGGGGUUUAUGCCCAGCUGAUCCAGUUGCACUCAGCUGACGGUGGGAUUGGAUACCGCCAUUUGCAUCCGGUUGAACUGUCAUUGCUCAAUGCCAUGAUUCCACCGGAGUCUUGGAUGUCCCGUGAUCGCCCAUGUCUCCGACUCUGUCUGAGUGCCAUUGGCCAACUUGCGUCACCGAUGCAGUCCGUCUGGGUUGGGUCUUGUCUCAUGCAACAAUUGUACAAUGUGUUGGAAUUGGAAUCUGUGGCACCUUAUGAGCGUCUGUGCACUUUCAAGGGUCAACUGCGUGCCUUUGCCAAAGACCUCUUUCCGGAUGUCACUCCAGGUCCCAAGCCUGCAGUUUGGACUACGUUGGUGUACCCUGACAACACUAAGGUCCAGGUUCAGGUUCAGCCAGACACAACAGUCAUUGAACUGUUUCAAGCAGAAAUGGCGUUGCAAAGUGAAGCUUCCUCGGAUCAGUGGAUUGAUGCUUCGACGGGACAACAGUUGGACUACUUCACUUGUGUUGCUGGACUUGAAAUCAGAGUGAAAGGGACUGGACAAGACCCCGCCUCCCCAACUGGACUUACGCCUUGGACUUCAUCUGAUCAGCCCAUCCCUGUGACCUUUGAGGACCCUGAACAAGAAGACUCAUUGGUCCCUGUUGCAGGUUCCACCAGUGCGCCGUCUGCCAGUGUGCCCAGUAGCAUGUCACUCGGCCCUCCUGAGCAUGCAAGUGGGAGUGGAGAUGCAAUGGAUUUGACAACUGAGCAUCAUGUCGUUCCAGGACAUGUGAUGGACACCUUGCAUGGACUUCGUAACCUGACUGGCCACCAACUUGCUGACCUUGUCCCACCAUUGGUCUCUGACAAGUCGUCCUGCCUGAUGUUCCGACGAGAAGUGGUUAACAUGGAAUCCAGACUUGAUGUUUUGUCCAAUGAAGGCCUUGCAAUGGGUGACGACGAAUUGAAUAUUCACCUCCAGGCAUGUGUGAAGCUCUGUGGUAGGUCCGAUGUCCAAUACCUUGAUCCUCUUCUGACCUGCAGUUGGCUUCAAGGGGGCUCCAUUGAUGUUGUGCGAGAUUGGUUGGAUCAAUUCCCUUCCUUGACCACCAUUGUCACGGCUGUCCUUGUGAAAAGUCACUGGAUCCCGAUUGUUUGGACUGCUGGCAUCUCCGAUGUUCAAGUUGCCUUGUGGGAGCAUGUUGACGUUGAUGUGGACUUCCUGAACCCCCUGCAUGGACUUGUCAGCUCUGCGUGGGGUCGUCCUAUGUUCGGCCUUGCCUGCACUCGUCGGUCCUUUGCCCGUGGGCUCUGUGCUGCUGCUGCUGUGGCGUUCGUGUCUCAUCGUCUCCUGGGUCAUGACUUGCCUAGCUCGUAUGAUGCGUUGCUCCUGCUGCACCAAGACUUGAAAGCCAGUUUUGCUGCUACCUGUCGCACUGCUCAUGUCUUGCCCAAACCUUGGUGCUGGGGCUUUGGUACUGCUGAUGUUUUUGGACUUGCCAGUGAACUUUUGCAAGCGCACGGGAUGGUUUUACCUGAUGAGCAAGCUCAACACAGUCAAGUCAAGCAGGUCCCAAAGCAGAAUAGCAAGACGAAGAAGCCUGCCGCCGUCAAGAAGUUUGCCCCUUCCAGACCAGCGGAUUUAGAUCCGGCCAAACUGCAGCUUGAGCCUGGUGCCUUUUGCGUUGGACAAGACGAACCAGUCAGUCAGGUGUCGUUUGCUAUGUUUGGUCCUUUGGCCACAGGGGUAGCCUUGUCGACUUUCCAAGAUGCGCAGCCCUUUUUGCAGGCGGGUCAGCUACUCACCAACCAUGGUUUGGCACUGCUGAUUUUGAAUCCACCGACCGAAGUUCAGACCUCGUUGACAACAGCCACCAUACGGUUUGCGGCCAGGUGCAGCAUGAAUCAAGAGCCUAUGAUUGUGACAGGUCUGCUUGUCCAACUUGGAAAGACCUGUGUGUAUCAGUACACAGCCAAAGACACCCCAGCAGUCAUCACCACUGAAGUUGCCUGUGCCAGAAUCACGGUCUACAAAGACCAGUGGGAACACGACUGGGAAGAGUUCACAAGUAGGCCUGUCAAGCAUGUCCUGUCCGUCCUCCAGUGUCUUCAGACCUGUCGCAAUGGUAUUGAUUGCACCUGUCAAGGCUGGCACCCUGGGCAAGAUCAGCCGCCUGAUGCCGUUUUGGAUGUCUUUCGUAGACAGUACUUCAAUGAUUCAGGUAGGCCAGUCAAGUGGGAUUCUGCUACUCACUUUGCGGUGUUUGUCCGGUAUGCCAAAUGUCUGGAGUCCCGUGUCCUUGCCGCCAGUGGUCAACAUGGUGUCUAUGUCGAGCCCAAGUCUGGAGAUGCCCUCAAGCCUCACGGCGACUAUCAGGUUGUCUGGCUGCCUCAGAUGGACUUGCAAACUGUGGCCCAUAAAGCCAAAUGUGAAGUUGAUUGUUUGGGCCUCGCUCGCACAGGUCAACGGUAUGGACUUAGGGUUCAUGUCAGGCACUUCCAACGCCUUUUCACCAGCGCCAAACCAGAGGCUGUGUACUUGGCUCCAGGCACCAGAAUGGUGUACCACAGUGGCCCGUGGCCUUUUGGAAGUGAUCGCAAGAGCAUAGCCCGGAUUUUGAAAUCCAGCCAAUGGGAAUGCCGACCCCUACAGCCUGUUCAGCAUGUGUCCGGUGGUCUGAUGUGGUCCGUCCAGGCUGUCCAUGAGCCUCCGGUACGUGUCCUGUCCCUGCAACACGGCCAAGUGGUUAUCACGUGUCCAGACACGAAGCCGCCUGUGCUGGAGGUUGAAGAUCAAGUUGUUGGUCAAGCUGCCACGGUGAAACUGUGCCGCCCAUCUGAUGCCUGCCAAGACCCAUGGUUGACCAGUGACCCAUGGUCCAAAGCCAUUAGUGCCGCCCCGAUGCUGCCAGCUGGGCCCCCUGCUCAGCCUGUCUUGCAAGAGCUUGAGCAGCGCAUAGAACAAAGCAUUCUUGCGAAGCUGCCGCCAGCUGACAAGAUGGAAGUUGAUGACCAGGAUCACCGACUUCAACUGUUAGAAGCUCAGGUACAACAGCUGACAACCCGACAGGUGAGCUUGGAAAACACCGUCCAGGAAAACCACCAACAGAACACAGCACAGGUUCAGUCCUUGCAGCAGCAGAUGAAGGUUCAAAUGGAUUUGCAGACGCAUCAGAUGCAGUCGAUGCUGACAGACCAGAUGGCGAGAAUUGAAACCAUCCUUGCCAAAAAGCCACGCACAGAGUGA